AUGUUAAAAAUCUUCCAUGCGUUUGCUUGCAACCCGUGCUGGUCAGUCAGACAACGGUUUCUAAGUACUGCUCGGUUGGCGUCACGAUCUCUGCUCCGGAUCCAGGGUGACACAGUCGAAACAUUCCUCCAAGGGCUUGUCACCAAUGAUGUCAUGUAUAUCUCUCGCCCGGGGUCAUUCAUGUAUACUUUUCUGUUGAACAUUAAGGGUAGAAUUUUGACAGAUGCGUUCAUCUAUCAUUUGCAAUGUCAUGAAAGCCGAAAAAGUCUAUACCUCCUGGAGCUGGACUCUACGCAAUCGGAAGAAAUGAUAAAAUACCUUGCCCGAUACAACCUCCGGAAAAAGGCAAGACUGUUUACGUUUAUUUCGGUGCAGAUUGAACAUGAAACUGAUAUUGCAGUAUGGGUUGCCAUGCCCUCUCACAAGAAUGCUCCGCUCACGGAUUCACAUUCUUGGUCACCAAUCAAAUCGACUUCGAAUGCCCCCUUGUUUGGACGUGAUUUAUUGUUCUACGCACCGGACCCCAGGGCGACCGCUGGAUGGUCAGGGCGAGUGCUUCUGAAAAAGGGCGUCCAGGGGUUUACGACGAGGGGCGAGAUGGCCGAAGUGGUUAGAGCGCGGAUUACUAACCUGAAGGUCCGCGGUUCGAAUCCGACCUCCGCCACUCGACUUCCCCUGUCUAGGCUUGGGCAACCUGGCAGUAUCCCAGCCCUCGUGCUUCCUUCGGGUGGCAUGGCAGCUAGGCACCGGAAGGGGUGCUACAGUGAACGCUUUACGACGGCUAAGUAUAUGGAUGUCAUCCUUUGGAUGAAUAGACUACUUCCGAGGGACACGGACUCCUUAUUUAUGGGCACCACUGUGAGCCCUCUGGACAUCGAUCUGUAUCACCGGGCUCGUUGGAGGUUGGGAUUGCCAGAAGGUUCCACUGAGUUGAUACUCGGAGAGACAUUACCCCUAGAAGCCAAUGGAGACCUAAGCGGUGCUGUCAGUUUUUCCAAAGGAUGUUACAUUGGUCAAGAACUGACGACACGCACUCGGUUUACAGGAGUUGUACGACGUCGAUAUGUCCCUGUUCGGUUGGUGCUUUCAGAUUCUACUGUCGAUCCUAAGCUGCCUGUUGGUUGUCACCCCGUCAAUGCGUCCAUUUACCGACUUUCUUCGGUUGAAAACGAUUUACAAAACCCAAAGGCCAGACCCGUUGGUUGGUUACGUUCAUUCAUUACGGAAAACAACCCGUGCUCGGCGAUGGACGGUUUCGCUUUACUCCGUCUAACAGAAGUCUCCACUAACACACCCCUGGUAGCGGUCUCGCUUGAAAAUUCGGACAAGGAAAUGUUCAGAUUACUUGUGACUCCCUAUGCUCCCUCAUGGUGGGCACAAGAAAUUGCACCUGACUUUGAGAGAUGUUAA